AUGGCUCUCAAUACGGAAGUGCAGUCGCGUCUCCGCGAUAUUGUAGACAAAGCCUGCGAAGAUCAAAAGUCCGGUAUUCCCGGGACCACCGUCGUGGUCGUUGGUAAAGAUGGCAAGGAACUAUUCGCCCACUCUGCUGGUAAGCGAGGGACGGGAUGCGAAGAGCCCAUGACAUUGGAUAGCAUAUUCUGGAUCGCAUCUUGUACUAAGAUGCUGGUUGGUGUUGCCUGUAUGCAACUGGUUGAGCAGGGCGUCCUCAAUCUUGAUGAUGUGGAGCAGACAGAGGCGCUUUGCCCUGAACUAAAGAGUCUCAAGGUGUUGAAGCCAGAUGGCAGUCUUGAGGACAAGAAGAAUGGAAUUACCCUGCGCAUGCUGUUAACCCAUACUUCCGGGUUCGGCUAUACAUUUUUCAAUGAGAGACUGAAGCAGUGGUCCUACCCGGUUGGCAUGGACGAGUUCUCUGGACGGUUCGAAGACAUGAAGCGACCUCUUGUAUUCCAGCCCGGCGAAGGCUGGGAAUAUGGCGUUGGUAUCGACUGGGCGGGAAUGGUACUGGAACGCGCGACCGGCCUGAAGCUGAACGACUACCUAACAAAAAACAUCUUUGUGCCCCUUGGAAUCAAAGAUAUUUCCAUGGUUCCGAGCAAGGACAUGCGCCAGAGGCUAGCGUAUAUGAAUAGUCGAAGUCCAGAUGGCACUCUGGCACCCCGAGAUCAUCUUCUUCGAGCACCACUGGUUGUUGACCUGGAAAAUGACGCUGAAGUUGCUAGAAUAUUCAACAGCGGCGGUGCGGGUAUAUUUGCCAAGCCACAGGAAUAUUGCAAGGUCCUCGCUGUGCUGUUAAAUGAUGGAACGUGCCCUACGACGGGCAGCAAAUUGCUUCGCAAGGAGACUGUCGACGAGAUGUUCUCCAAUCAGAUCCCCCAGUUCCCUAACUACAGUCGCCAAAGUAUCCCCGCUGCCAAGCCGGAGCUUACAAACCAGAUUCCAGAGCUUUAUCCAGUUUCUGGAAACCCACCCCAGGGUUGGGGCCUGACGUUCAUGCUGAGCAAUGGUGGUCCUACAGGGCGAUCGAACAGCACAGGACACUGGGCUGGGCUAGCGAAUAUAUGGUGGUGGGCGGACAGGGAGAAGGGUGUUGCAGGGAUAGUUUGUACACAGAUUACACCGUUUGGGGACGCUAAUGUGCUUGGGUUAUGGGGAGCAGUCGAGGUUGAGAUAUACAAAGCUCUUGCCUAA